AUGUUUGCCCGUCGUAUUGUUCAAUCUGUUAAGGCCCCAUCCACCAUCUCCAAGAGAUUGGCAUCUACUCGUUCCUUAUCUAACGCUGUUAUUGCUGACAUCAACACCAGAUGGGAAGACUUGCCAGCCGAUGACCAACAACACAUCGUCCAACAGUUAUCUGACAGACAAAAGCUUCCAUGGGGUGAAUUAACUCCUGCCGAAAAGAAGGCUUCCUGGUACAUUUCAUACGGUGAAUGGGGGCCAAGAAGACCAGUCCACUCCAAGGGUGAUGCCGGCAAGAUCUUUGGCGGUGUCGUUAUUGGUUUGGGUACUGCCCUCGGUAUCUUCCUCGCGGUCAGAGCUGUCUCUGGCCCAGCCCCAUUAACAAUGAACAGAGAAUGGCAAGAAAAAUCCGAUGAAUACCUUAAAUCUAAGAAUGCCAACCCAUGGGGUACUUACUCUCAAAUCCAAUCCAACUAA